AUGUCCAGAAGAAGGGCCAGACAAAACGGCAACCAGGAGGAGUACCAGGUUCAGGGUCCGAGCAGUGCGCUGACGUCGUUCCUGCGGGAACAGGGUAUCAGUGCGGAGGCCAUCAGAUUGCGGUACGAGGAAGGGUUGCGGCGCCAGCAGGAGCAAGCGAGCGAUGGCGAAGAGGUGGAAAAUGGCGAAUCCGAGGAGUCUGACGAGGAGAUUUUGGAGGGAGAGGAUAUUCCCGAGGAUGUGAGGCUGCUGCGCGAGCGCGCAAGAAUUAAGCGUCGCCGUGCGCGCCGGGACCGCGAGCUGGACGACGACGAGGCAGACGAGGGAAAGAAUUUCUGUAUCGAGUGCGACCGCGAGUUUGUGAUCUCUGUGUACUCGAAGCGCAUGGAGAAGUAUGGUCGUAUCGGAUAUUUGUGUCCGGAGUGCACAAGCAACGAGAUCAAGCGGCAACGGCUGGCAAAGCGCAACGAGAUCGAGGCUCGCAAACGGCGCAAGAAGGUGGCCGCGGCGCUUCUGGACAAGCAGGAGUACAAGAUUCCGUCCCUGCAGGACUGCUGCAUCAAUGUGAUUUCGAAAAACAUCGACCAGGUGGACCUUUUGGGCGACAUCGGUGUGGUCAACAUGAAAAAGAUCAGUCGCAUCUUGUCGAAGAACAGGUCGCUGGAUAACCGCACGAUGUCGCUUUUUCUGGACAGCAACAUGCGCGAGAUUGAGUUUUGGGACUGCUCGAAGAUCGACAGCGUGGCACUCAACAAAAUACCGGCGUAUUGUCCAAACGUCGAGAGACUGGUGCUGAACAUGUGCGGACGGCUGCACAAGGAUAAUCUGAAAUAUUAUGGCGAGAAGUUCACGAAUCUGAGGUACCUGUAUCUGAACGGCGCGUUUCUGAUCAACGACCAGGCGUGGCAGGAUUUCUUUGACAGUCCCGUCGGCAAGAACCUCAAAGGCAUCCAUAUCAAGAACACGCACCGGUUUUCGCCCGACUCGCUAAUUUCGCUGCUGGACAACUGCGGCAACAACCUCGAGGAGCUCACGCUGAGCCGACUGGACGGUCUCACGUCCAAGAACGUCUACGAUUUGCUGCCUCAUUAUCUUCGCAAACUCAAACAUCUCGAGAUCUCAUACCCAAAUAAAGAGGAGCUGAUCGACGACGAGCUGAUCAUCAACCUGCUGGGCGUGAACGGCGAGACGCUCGAGUCGCUCGUGCUCGACGGAUGCACCGGACUAACGGACCAGUUUCUCAUCUCAGGCAUCAAGCCGUUCUGUCCCGCGCUCACCAAGCUGUCGCUGGUGCUGCUCGACCAGAUCACCGACGUCGGCGUCAAGGAGCUGUUCACCGACUGGGACAUGAACGGCGGGCUCAUGGAGGUGAACCUGGCGCGCUGCAUCGAGCUCGGCGACGAGGCCGUGUACGCUUUGCUCGAGCACUCGUGCCAGACACUGGUGGAGCUGAACCUGAACUCAAUAAAAAACCUCACACGCAACUUCUUCAAGCAAAUUGGCCGCCAUCUGCGGUUCCCGCUGCUGACCGCGCUGGACAUCGGCUUUGUGCGCUCGUGCGACGACUCUGCACUCGCGGUGCUGUCACGAAUUGCUCCAAAACUGUCGAUUCUCGAGGUCUACGGAAAUAAUAGAUGCACGCCUGCGGCCAUCGUCAGAGACAGCCUCAAGAUCAUCGGCCGCCAGAGCGACAGUAUAUAA